AUGGACCCCCUAGAAAAAGACGUGCAGCAGCAAACGGCCCCCACGUCGCCCGGCGACUGGCACGCCGACCCGUACUGGCGCGGCCGCCGCAUCUCACCCGCGCAGCUGCUCGUGCACGACAUCCGGCUCGACGAGCAGAGCGGCGGCGGUUAUCGGCAGCGCCACGAUGCCGCUCCGCUGCUUGAGAUUAAAGAAGUGAUGACAUCGGCCUUCGCGGCAGAAGUGAGCCAGCGCGGAAGGGACCGCCUGCGGGGGAAGCUUGUCGACGAUGCGGAAGGGCUGCUGGCGAAGGCCGGAUGCCUUCUUGCAUUAUCAAACUGGAGCGUGAACCCCGCGCGCGUCAUCGCCGCAUUCCGCAAGAUGGAGCUCUGCAUUUACCAGAACGAGCGGUUUUCGAAGCACGGGCGGUACUUCUCACCGUUUGUGCAGCGCCUUGUGCCGGAAUGGGAUCCCGAUGAUGACGACGAGGACCGGAGCUGUCCGAUGCUGAUCAGCGUGCCGUUCUUGGAUUGGACGGUCCAGGGAGAGCCGCCCGCGCUUCGAUUUCAGGUCGAUCCGAGGGAAGGGUACACGUCGAGCAGGGGAUCUUCGCAUUUGCUGAGGUCGAUCCUACAGUACUUUUACCGCCUUGAGGAUACGAGCGAUCGUGAACACAAUCAGGUCUUUUCAAAACACAAGCCCUGGAUAAACGACCGCGAUCUCGACUUGAAAGUCCGCAGUCUGUACGGCCACUAUCCCUGCGGGCUCAAUGUGGACGAACUCUGGAUUCUCGUCAUUGACUCAAGACACAUUGUCACUUUCUCAAUCGACCGCUACGCAGGCUAUCUGGGUCAUCUGCAAUAUCGCCUACACCGCUCACCAAGCACAAGACUUGUCAUGGACCUCCUACAAGUACAGGAAGAACUCAACAUAAUCAUCCAGAUCACCGAGCAACAGCUCGACAUUAUUGCACAACUCCAAGACAUCCUCGAAAGCCACGAGCCCCUCCCCUCCGAACGCAUGUCCAUUAAAAGCCGCCCCCGCUCGCGCGGCAUCUCCGAUCGCCACCACCACCAACACCACCGCAUCAGCAUAGCAGCCGACGAGACCGACACCAACGACGGCCGCGCCACGCUCCCGCCCUUCUUCCGCGCCACAUACCGGCAACUAUCCACCUCCGCGCUUGAAGACCCGGCCUCGCAACUCCUCGAAAACCUGCAGCGCGAGGCGGCGGACCUGCGCGACCUGCGCGACAACAGCAACGCGCUGCUCAACCGCACGAUCCAGCUCGUCAACAUCCGGCUCGAGGACCACGGCAAGGCCAUCCUCGUCUUCACCAUCGUCACCGUCGUCUUCCUGCCGCUGUCGUUCGUGACGAGCUUCUUCGGCAUGAAUUUUUCCGACAUUCGCGACAUGGACCAAACGCAGCGCUUGUUUUGGAUCGUCGCGGCGUCGGUGACGGUGGGGGUUGUCGGGUUGGCGAGUUUUCUGGCGUUUUAUGGGGGCGAUUUGGUGGAGGCGUUGAUGGAUUGGAGGGAGAGUAGGGCGGCGAGGAGGAGGAGGAGAAGGGCGAGGUCGAGGUUGAGGGGUGGUGGUGGUGGUGGGACUGCAUCGGCAAGUGCGGCGGGAUUUCAGGUCCUGGAUGUUUCUGGGCCGGGGUGGUGA